GAUUUAUAGACAAUGAGAUGCAUCAAUUUUAAUUCAACACAUGUAUAUUAAAUGAUUCGUGAUACUUUGAAAAAUUUUGAUAUUGAUAUUUUCAGAUGUGAGACACUCAUACUAAGUAUUAUUUGCUAGAAUUGAAUGAGAAAAUUGCAUGUGGUGACAACUUCUCUCCCCCAGGAAAACAUUCAACCUGAAUGCUAAAUGAUGUCUUCCAUCUGAUGAUGAUGCAUAAAGUGACGCUCUGUCUCGUUUCCUUCAUUCUGUUUGUUCAUGGGAAUGAAACAUAUGGAUCUACAAAAGUCAACAUACCACAUACAGACGAAAGAAUUUUCACUUCUCGAAAUUUGCUGACAAAAUGGAUAUUAUUAACACCAUCAACAGGAGAUAAAAAACAGAGAAAUUCAAAGGCGCACCAUGAGGAAGGAUCACCUCCACAUUCCUUCACAGAAACGCCAAGGUAUACAGCUCGGCUUGUCAAUUCAACCAAGUUUACAGGAAACCGUGACACCGAGGCCAGGCCAUCUCCACCUACCUCUUCCACGUCACCGAGGACAUUGUAUGUACCUCCCGAAAAUAAAACCACAAGUAAAAAUUUCCAGCCAACAGCUUACCAUGCAGCCAUAUCACGACGAACAGUAGGCUUUUCUACAGCUCCAACAAUCACACAACGUGUAGAUAGUGAAACAACAACAAUGGUGACAAAACUUACAUAUCUACGUCAAAGGUCGCACCAACCAGUGUCCAAUUCCAAAACACCAAAUCAAUUCACAAACACCAUAACUACCAAAAUAUUAUCUGUUUCGCCCAAAACGUCAACACCCAAGAAGCAGAUAUGGACUAAGGUGCACAAAAAGUAUUUUACAAUUUCUAAAUACACAGGGACCACAAAAUUGAAAAACAUUCCAAAGCGUUCAAAACCAGUUUCAACACCAUUUGUAAUAUUUUCUUCUACCAGAGUAUACCCAGAGAGAACAUCAGACAACGAACCGCAUUCGAAGCAAGACAACAUUCAUUCAACAGAUGUGACUGAUUUAGAAUCUUCUACGUCAUCAAUGGUGAACUCAUCGACAACACCAACUAGCCGAAUUCCAAAGGCCUUUACAACUCAACAUUAUGCCCAAACAAAUUCAACUUCUUACAUUGCAACAACAGACAAACAAAAAGGUCAUGUCUCUCCUCUGGCAUCCAAAAGUCAGCAUCAUGGGAAAACGAGGAUUCUUAUAAAUGAAAUAGCAAUAUCUCAACAGAAGCCCGAGGAACAGUUCAUAGAAUUAAAAGUAUCUAGCGACUAUACACACGAUCUUCAGUCGUACGAGGUUGUGGUGUUCAGUGGUAGGGGUGAAGUGUUAUCAACUACGGAUAUACAUGGAAACACUGGAAAUCCGUACAAUAUUCUGGCAAAUGAAGAUAUUCAUGUUAACAUCAGAAAGGAGUUAAAGCAGAAGAAGAGCAUCGCUGUUGCUGUCUACGACCGCUCAAAUACCGCCGUCAGUGAUAUAACAAUGAAAAGUGAGGGUGUAAUGGACGCCAUUGUGUUGACGGCAUACGAUGGGAAACCGUCCGAUCAGCUUAUGCAAAGUCUCAUGAAUGAUAAUGCAACACCGUUCCAUGUUUCAUCCAGUGCACUAGAGCACGGUGGAUCAAUCAGUCGAUGUAAAGAAAACCAUGUACGUGAUACCCAGGAUUUCAUGGAAUUAUCCAGACCCAAAGCAACUAGAGGAUUCCGAAACUCUAAAUGUCCAAAGAAUAAAUUUCCAGCAACCAGUAGUGAUUCUUUUGAUAACGUGAAAUUGACAGUCACCGUCGUGAUGUCCUGUUUAGCCGUGUUCCUAGUCAUUGUUCUCAUAGUAGUGAUGAUCAUGAAGCAAAAACAACGCAAGAUCAAGUUACUACAGUCUUCUCUUUGGUUAAAAGACGACGACGACGAUGAAGAGGAUAUUUUAAAAAUGGGAUCGGUGAAUUUCGAGGAAAACCACGAAGACCCUACCUUUAAAAACAACGUCUAUUUAACAAUUCAACCCUGAAAUGAAUAGGAUUAUUGUUCUUAGUUGAAAGAAAUUUCAUCAUGCACACGGGAGUCUAUCAGAGAGAGAGAGAGAGAGAGAGAGAGAGAGAGAGAGAGAGAGAUGGUCAGCAUAUAAAACAUUAUUCUAUAUAUAUAUAUUUGGCGGGUUGUAGUAUAGUAGAGAGAGAGAGAGAGAGAGAGAGAGAGAGAGAGAGAGAGAGAGAGAGAGAGAGAGAGAGAGAGAGAGGAUCAACAUAUAAAACGCUAUUCUGUAUAUUUGGAUUAUGUGUAUAUUUGGAUUAUGUGUAUAUGUAUAUUUGGAUUAUGAGUAUAUUUGGAUUAUGUGUAUAUUUGGAUGAUAUUGGCGCCCGUCUUUUGAUAGGUUGUAGUAUAGUAUAGGGAGAUUAUCAACAUAUAAAACGUUAUUCUGUAUAUUUGGAUUAUUUUGGAUUUUAUGAGUAUUUGGAUUAUAUGUAUAUUUGGAUUGUAUAGGCGCCCGUCUUUUGACGGGUUGUAGUAUAGUAUAGGGAGAUUAUCAACAUAUAAAACGCUAUUCUGUAUAUUUGGAUUAUUUUGGAUUAUAUGUGUAUUUGGAUUAUAUGUAUAUUUGGAUUGUAUAGGCGCCGGUCUUUUGACGGGUUGUAGUAUAGUAUAGAGAGAUUAUCAACAUAUAAAACGUUAUUCUGUAUAUUUGGAUUAUUUUGGAUUAUAUGUGUAUUUGGAUUAUAUGUAUAUUUGGAUUGUAUAGGCGUCCGUAUUUUGACGGGUUGUAGUAUAGUAUAGAGAGAUUAUCAACAUAUAAAACGUUAUUCUGAAUAUUUGGAUUAUAUGUCUAUUCAAUUUGGAUUAUAUAUAUAUUUGGAUUAUAUGAACAUGUAUAUUUGGAUUAUGUGUAUAUUUGGAUUACGUGUAUAUUUGGAUUACGUGUAUGUUUGGAUUAUAUAGACGGCCAUCUUUUUCCUG